UCUUCAUGACAACUGAUAUUUUUGUGGAUACGGUUUCACCGUUUUCGUAAUCGAUUGACGCAAAACAAAAUGGAAACUCACAUAAAAUCCACCAGAAUACAGGAAACGUGAGAUAACAGCUUCCUUUCUGAAAUAAAAUUUGCAGCAAUGAAACACAUCGCAUUUUGUAGUGUCCUACUUUUGAGGUGAUCGCGUACUGGGAACGUAAUCGUGCAAAGUGCAUGUCAUUGUCGUUUGUUUUUUCGUGUAACACAUUAAUAUCAGUUUCGUAGUGAUUUGUAAUCGAUUCUUAACCAAAUGAGGAAUCAAGAAAAACUACUGUCUGCGUUCAAGGAGGACAGAUUUGAAGAUUUCGAAACACUCUUGGAAUAUUCGGACAUAGACGUUGAUUAUGAUUACGGCGAGCCAGACAAUGGAACGUUAUUGGAUUUGGUCAACAGGUCACCUAGGAGUGAAAACGGGCAAUACGUUUCCGCACUAAUACGAAGAGGGGCUAAAGUUUGGCGCAAGAAUGGAGAGACUGGUAAAUUAGAGAUACACGAGAUUUUCAAUAAUUCAGACUCAUUUUUGUUGUACGAUAUCUAUGUUGAUAUUAUGAAAAUUGCUGUUGAAGAAAACGACAUCGAGGCCAUUACGCUUUUAACUCGCUCCUAUUCUAGGUAUAGAUUCAAUGAUGAUCAUCCAGGAUCUCGAAAACACCUGAUUUUGCUCGAAGGAAGCAUUGAUGCAGUUCGGCUGUUCAUCAAGUACUUCGACGUGGACAAGGAAUUUCAAAGAGAUUCUCAGGGACGUCUUUAUUGUUGUCGCGAAAUAAUAUUGCAAAAAUAUCCGGAGCUGGACGCGGAGCUCCCAACACGAACAUCGAGCGAGCUCCAGAAAAUUUUAUUUUCAUACCUGAAAAACGGUGUUCCUGAAUUAUUUGUGAGACGAAUAGGCGAUCCCGAGAUUAGCUCAGAAAUUCUAAAUGAUGCAUCACAAAACCAUAGUAAGACGUAUUUACAUGUCGCUUGCGAACGCAAUUACAUCGACGUGGUAGACGCGUUGUUGAAAAAAAACGUCCACCUGAAUCAGAUUUCUUGUUCACGUUUCUAUGAAUUCGCGUACAGUCUGACGCCAAUAAUGCUGGCCGCUGUUCACGGUCAUUACGAAGUAUUCAAGAAACUCUUCGUCAUACCCAAAGUUGAACUGCCAAUUGCAGGAGGAAGAAGAUCAGUUUUGCAUCUAGUGUUGUUAGGUAUGCAAUGUUCGAUGAAUUUUAAUUGCUCAACAGACGGUCAUCGUAUGAUACUGCAAUUACUUCUAAAACUGCAUGAAUGUAACGAUAGUGAAAAACUAAUUAUAGAAGAUUACAGACUGAAUAUAACUCACACGGACAGGUUUGGUAAUUCAGCUCUUCAUUAUGCGUUAAAAUUCAACAACGAAUUUGCCAUCAAGUUACUUCUUAGAGCAGGUGCCAAACUGUACCCAGAGGAUCAAUCUAUAUUGACCUCGAUUUCUGCUACAAUCAUAGAAGGCUAUUUCGAUGACUGCAUUCGUUCGAAAAGAGCAUCCUUUGGCGGCCAGAUGCACCAGAUUCCUGAGGACGAGCCAAUAAUAUUCGAUUACAAAAUAUUCACACAACUAGACCUAUAUUCUAUUGCUACCAAAAGCAAUAGAAUUUUCUUCGCUCGAUUCGAAUCAGUAACCGAAAUGAGAAAACUAUACAAGCAUCCGCUCACGAAGAGCUUUCUAUAUUUGAAAUGGCGUUUCUUCAGAAUAUUUUACUACAUUAAUUUGACAGUCUAUUUAUUUUUUUGUUUGGCUCUGAGCAUGUAUAUCUUCCAAACUCAACACUGUCUGCCAUCAUCGGCAAGUUUCAACGGUUCCAGAUCAACUGAUGCAGCAAAUAGUCACCGUGUAUCUUCCAUUCCAUGUCACUAUGACGAAUCAUGGCUAAUAAUAACAUAUCUGCUUUACAUCGUACUUAUUUUACGAGAACUGUGCCAAUUCUCUGUUUCAAUUCGGGAGUACGUCGGUAUUCCAGAAAACUGGUUUGAGAUGACGAUGAUCGUGGCGAUUGGUUUCCUCUUCGCGAAUGACACCAGUAAGCAUUUAGCGGCGAUCGCUAUUCUAACAUCAUGGAUCGAAUUGAUUUUUUUACUCGGUAAGCAACCGUCACUCUCAAUAUACAUAGAAAUGUUCAAAAGGGUGUCGUUGAAUUUUGCCAAAUUUCUCCUCUUAUACUCGAUUCUAGUCGCAUCUUUCGCAUACAGCUUCUUCAUAUUAUUUAGAAAUGAAACCAGCAACCUCAAUACUGCCGAUCGAACGAAUGAAAAUUCGAUGAAUUUGUGGCCAGACCUGCAAAUGUCCUUUUUCAAAUCGAUAAUCAUGAUGACAGGCGAAUUUGAUGCUUCUACUCUACCGCUUGGUUCGAAUUUUAGUUAUGGCCACGUGCUCUUCAUACUUUUCGUCUUCUUAGUCGCCAUGGUACUUUACAAUCUACUUAAUGGUUUGGCCGUCAGCGAUACUCGCGCCAUCAUGGAGGACGCUGAAGUACUCGUAGUUGCUCUGAUAUCUAGAGCAAAACUCAUCUCGCAGAUAGAACGCCUGGGCAACAAAUUAUUCGGUGACGCGGUGCAGUGCAUUGAUGUAACUAAGUGGGUUUAUGUAUUCCCAACCGUAAGUAACAGAACAGAAUAUUUUGAUUUACGAGAUUCUCAGAAAAAUGUUGUCAAAAUGCCGGCUGCCAUCGUAAAACAUGCUGAAGAAAUUUUAGAAAAACGAAAACAAUCCGAGCUGGCCAAAAAACAAAGCCAAAAUUCGUCGACGGAUGUCAUAAAAAACAGCUCAUCAGAUCGUCAAUUCGUCAACGAAUUAAAUCAUCAAUUUAGCGAGCAAAUAAGUGAUUUGAAACUUGUAAUCGACGCCAAAAUUUCUGCAUUUGAAGAAAAAUUAUUACAAAAAUGGCAAAACGAUGAUAAGCGGUUUGACCAAAUUAAUAAAUUACUCGAAUCUGUCUUGCAGGAGGUAAACCCUCUAAAGAAUAAAGACAAAUUUGCAACCUGGUAGACGUGUGAAUGAAUGAAAAUUACGCGUUAUUUUCCAUUAAACGAGUUGCAUUGUUUCAGAUAGGUACUUUCGAGUGAAAUUUUCGUCUUGUAUGUAGGUUUGGGUACACAUUACUUGGUGUUUAAGCGCGUAUAUGUACCUAUUUGCUUUUCGUAGAAUUAAUUACACUUACACAGUUUAUAUAAUAUUUGUAAAAGUACAUUUAAUCGAACAAAUGCAAAUUAAUUGUUUCAUUUCUCUUGCUUUUCAAGCGGUAAACCAACUAGAAAAUAUUUGUAUGUGCCCCUUGCGUCGCGUCGUCUUUUAAAAAAU